AUAUAAGUAUCUGUCUCGCACAAAUACUGAGAACCAAACCAUUCCUUCAAACACAAAACCUGAAGCAUCUUAUAUACAACUCGACAACAAAUAACUCAACUCAUCAUGGCAACUUCAACCGCAUCGCUUCCCAAGACCCACCGAGCACUGGUCCUUCAUUCCACCCGAGACCCCUAUGACAUCUCAGUGGUUACCCAGGAUACUCCUCAACCAUGCCCUGGAAGUGCUAUGAUCCGCGUUCUGUCGGCUGGGGUCUUGACCUACGCAGACCGAGUUUACAGUGGCCGCAAGCCUUAUCCCUACCCCGAGCCUUUCGUCAUAGGUUCAAGCGCCAUCGGCCGCGUUGCCGCUGUCGGACCUGAUGCGACUUCUCUAAAGCCUGAACAGCUUGUUUUCUUUGACAGCUUUAUUCAGGGGCGCGAUAACCCUAACUCCCUCAUCCUCCAUGGUCUAUCCGCAGGCUUUGAUACUGCGAGUAAAAAGCUCAUGGAAGGUGAAUGGCGAGACGGCACCUAUGCGGAGUACGCCAAGGUUCCUCUGGAGAAUUGUUUCCCAUUAGACGAGAACCGACUCACGGGCAACCCUGCUGAGGGAGGUCUUGGAUACUCUAUGGCAGAUUUGGCCUAUCUUUGGACCAUCUCGGUUCCAUUUGGAGGGCUCCAAGAUAUAGCCAUCAGGUCUGGUGACAAAGUCAUUAUUAGCCCUGCUGCUGGAACUUUUGGAAGCGCUGCUGUACUCGCUGCUCUGGCUAUGGGAGCUCAGGUUAUCGCCGUCGGUCGCAACCACAAAACUCUGGGCAAGGUGAAGGUUCAAGAGUUGUAUUCUGUCGCUUCGUCGCUGUGGGCGGGUGAGCUUGAUGGGCGUUCAUGAAGAACUGAAGCUGCCGACUCAGUUUAUCAUGCUCAAUGACAUUACGGUGAGGGGGAAGUGGAUGUACACCAAGGAUGAUAUGCGCAACAUGAUCAAACUGCUAGAGGCGGGUUAUCUGAAGCUUGGUGCGAUACAAACUCUUGGCGAUUUUUCCCUGGGG